GGCACGGGGUGAGGCUGCCUCCAACUCCGCUCCCCGCGCACUCGGCUGCCAGGCGCUCGGGACCCAGCAGCGGCGCUCCUCCGCGGUGCCGGUCGCCCGCGAUGCCCGCUUAGCAGCGUGUAGCAGCGUCCAGCGGCGUCCAGCAUCACCACACCCGCGGCACCGCGCUCCCGGCCGCACAGCCGGGCCAGAGCCUUGCACCCCUGCCCCAGCCCCCGCCCCACCCCCCGCCCUGAAAUGACUUGUUAAUCGGCGCAGACACCACCAAGGGGACUCACCGGAGUGGAUUCCAAGUGGAAUUUGCAUUUGGAGAAGACUUUCUUGAGCAUUUACCCUCUUCCUUGUUUUCUUUUUCUUUUUCUUCUUCUUUUUUUUUUUUUUUUUUUGCUUCUUUCUUUUUUCCUCUCCCCUUCUCCGCUCGUCAUUGGAGAUGAACACAUCGCGUUUGCAUCCCAGAAAGUAGUCGCCGCGACUAUUUCCCCCAAAGAGACAAGCACACAUGUAGGAAUGACAAAGGCUUGCGAAGGAGAGAGCGCAGCCCGCGGCCCGGAGAGAUCCCCUCGAUAAUGGAUUACUAAAUGGGAUACACGCUGUGCCAUUCCGCUCCCAGCCCCGGCUGCCUGUCCGUCGAUGCACCGAAAAGGGUGAAGUAGAGAAAGAAAGUCUCCCCGCUGAACUACUAUGAGGUCAGAAGCCUUGCUGCUCUAUUUCACACUGCUACACUUUGCUGGGGCUGGUUUCCCAGAAGAUUCUGAGCCAAUCAGUAUUUCGCAUGGCAACUAUACAAAACAGUAUCCGGUGUUUGUGGGCCACAAGCCAGGACGGAACACCACACAGAGGCACAGGCUGGACAUCCAGAUGAUUCUGAUCAUGAACGGAACCCUCUACAUUGCUGCUAGGGACCAUAUUUAUACUGUUGAUAUAGAUACAUCACACACGGAAGAAAUUUAUUGUAGCAAAAAACUGACAUGGAAAUCUAGACAGGCCGAUGUAGACACUUGCAGAAUGAAGGGAAAACAUAAGGAUGAGUGCCACAACUUUAUUAAAGUUCUUCUGAAGAAAAACGAUGAUGCAUUGUUUGUCUGUGGAACUAAUGCCUUCAACCCUUCCUGCAGAAACUAUAAGAUGGAUACGUUGGAACCAUUUGGGGAUGAAUUCAGCGGAAUGGCCAGAUGCCCGUAUGAUGCCAAACAUGCCAACGUUGCGCUGUUUGCAGAUGGAAAGCUAUACUCAGCCACAGUGACUGACUUCCUCGCCAUCGACGCAGUCAUUUACCGGAGUCUUGGAGAAAGCCCCACCCUGCGGACGGUCAAGCACGAUUCAAAAUGGUUGAAAGAACCAUACUUUGUUCAAGCUGUGGAUUACGGAGAUUAUAUCUACUUCUUCUUCAGGGAAAUCGCAGUGGAGUAUAACACCAUGGGAAAGGUAGUUUUCCCAAGAGUGGCUCAGGUUUGUAAGAAUGAUAUGGGAGGAUCUCAAAGAGUCCUGGAGAAACAGUGGACAUCGUUCCUGAAAGCGCGCCUGAACUGCUCAGUUCCCGGAGACUCUCAUUUUUAUUUCAACAUUCUCCAGGCAGUUACAGAUGUGAUUCGUAUCAAUGGGCGUGAUGUUGUCCUGGCAACCUUUUCUACACCUUAUAACAGCAUCCCUGGAUCUGCAGUCUGUGCCUAUGACAUGCUUGACAUUGCCAGUGUUUUUACUGGGAGAUUCAAGGAACAGAAGUCUCCCGAUUCCACCUGGACGCCAGUUCCUGAUGAACGAGUUCCUAAGCCCAGGCCAGGUUGCUGUGCCGGCUCAUCCUCCUUAGAAAGAUAUGCAACCUCCAAUGAGUUUCCUGAUGAUACCCUGAACUUCAUCAAGACGCACCCGCUCAUGGACGAGGCAGUGCCCUCCAUCUUCAACAGGCCAUGGUUCCUGAGAACAAUGGUCAGAUACCGCCUGACCAAAAUUGCAGUGGACACGGCUGCUGGGCCGUAUCAGAAUCACACUGUGGUUUUUCUGGGAUCAGAGAAGGGAAUCAUCUUGAAGUUUUUGGCCAGGAUAGGAAACAGUGGUUUUCUAAAUGACAGCCUUUUCCUGGAGGAGAUGAGCGUUUACAACCCUGAAAAAUGCAGCUAUGAUGGAGUCGAAGACAAAAGGAUCAUGGGCAUGCAGCUGGACAGAGCAAGCAGCUCUCUGUAUGUUGCCUUCUCUACCUGUGUGAUAAAAGUUCCCCUUGGCCGGUGUGACCGACAUGGGAAGUGUAAAAAAACCUGUAUUGCCUCCAGAGACCCGUAUUGUGGGUGGAUAAAGGAAGGUGGUGCCUGCACCCAUUUAUCACCCAACAGCAGACUGACUUUUGAGCAGGACAUAGAGCGUGGCAAUACAGAUGGUCUGGGGGACUGUCACAAUUCCUUUGUGGCAUUGAAUGGGCACUCCAGUUCCCUCUUGCCCAGCACAACCACAUCAGAUUCGACGGCUCAAGAGGGGUAUGAGUCUAGGGGAGGAAUGCUGGACUGGAAGCAUCUGCUUGACUCACCUGACAGCACAGACCCUUUGGGGUCAGUGUCUUCCCAUAAUCACCAAGACAAGAAGGGAGUGAUUCGGGAAAGUUACCUCAAAGGCCACGACCAGCUGGUUCCCGUCACCCUCUUGGCCAUUGCAGUCAUCCUGGCUUUCGUCAUGGGAGCCGUGUUCUCGGGCAUCACGGUCUACUGCGUCUGUGAUCACCGGCGCAAAGACGUGGCCGUGGUGCAGCGCAAGGAGAAGGAGCUCACCCACUCGCGCCGGGGCUCCAUGAGCAGCGUCACCAAGCUCAGCGGCCUCUUUGGGGACACUCAAUCCAAAGACCCGAAGCCGGAGGCCAUCCUCACGCCACUCAUGCACAACGGCAAGCUCGCCACUCCGGGCACCACGGCCAAGAUGCUCAUUAAAGCGGACCAGCACCACCUGGACCUGACCGCCCUCCCCACCCCCGAGUCCACGCCGACGCUGCAGCAGAAGCGCAAGCCCAGCCGCGGCAGCCGCGAGUGGGAGAGGAACCAGAACCUCAUCAACGCCUGCACGAAGGACUUGCCCCCCAUGGGCUCCCCUGUGAUUCCCACGGACCUGCCCCUGCGUGCCUCCCCCAGCCACAUCCCCAGCGUGGUGGUCCUUCCCGUCACGCAGCAGGGCUACCAGCACGAGUAUGUGGACCAACCCACAAUGAGCGAGGUGGCCCAGAUGGCGCUGGAGGACCAGGCAGCCACCUUGGAGUACAAGACCAUCAAGGACCAUCUCAGCAGCAAGAGUCCCAACCAUGGGAUGAACCUCGUGGAGAACCUGGACGGCCUGCCCCCCAAAGUUCCACAGCGGGAGGCCUCCCUGGGCCCCCCGGGAGCCUCCCUGUCUCAGACCGGUCUGAGCAAGCGGCUGGAAAUGCACCACUCCUCUUCCUACGGGGUUGACUAUAAGAGGAGCUACCCCACGAACUCGCUCACGAGAAGCCACCAGGCCACCACUCUCAAAAGAAACAAUACGAACUCCUCCAAUUCCUCUCACCUCUCCAGAAACCAGAGCUUUGGCAGGGGAGACAACCCGCCGCCCGCCCCGCAGAGGGUGGACUCCAUCCAGGCGCACAGCUCGCAGCCAUCUGGCCAGGCCGUGACUGUCUCCAAGCAGCCCAGCCUCAACGCCUGCAACUCACUGACGAGGUCGGGGCUGAAGCGCACGCCCUCGCUAAAGCCGGACGUACCCCCCAAACCUUCCUUUGCUCCCCUUUCCACAUCCAUGAAGCCCAAUGAUGCGUGUACAUAAUCCCGGGGGAGGGGGUCAGGUGUCGAACCAGCAGGCAAGGCGAGGUGCCCGCCCAGCUCAGCAAGGUUCUCAACUGCCUCGAGUACCCACCAGACCAAGAUGGCCCGCGGCAGAGCCGAGGACGAGCCGAGGACGCUGGGUCCUCCUCUCUGGGACACAGGGGUACGCACGAAAAUUGGGCCGCGUGGUUUGGUGAAGGUUUGCAACGGCGGGGACUCACCUCCAUUCUCUUCCUUCACUCUUCCCCCACACCCUACAAUAGGUCGGUCCCACAAAAGACUUCAGUUAUCAUCACAAACAUGAGCCAAAAGCACAUACUUACCCCAUCCCCCCCCCCCACACACACAUGCACACAACACACACAUACGCACAGAGGUGAACAGAAACUGAAACAUUUUGUCCGUAACUUACGGGACGUGGCCACACUGGGUUUGCGUUCCAACCUGCAAAACACAAAUACAUUUUUUAAAAUCAUGAAAAUUUAAAAA